CCCCAUUCUUAAAAAUGGAACGUUGUGGAGUCGAUGCACGUGUGUAAGUACGAGUUGGUGCAAAUAAAACUAGUGGAAUCAAUAAGUAGAAGUAAGUAUGAUGACGUUGAAGCCUUCGCCGGGUACAUUCCGUCGUACUAUACAGCCACGGCGUAAGCAAUUGCAAUAUCAACACAUGACGGACCACCGUUUCCCGCGAUCCACCUUUGGUAGCGCGGGACAGCGAGCUAAGGCCGCCUCUUUCGCCGAAUAAUCCAUCUCGCCAUUGUUAUCUUCGACGCUGUACUGUAACAGGGAUGGUGCGUCUUUCACCGUGCGAGGUCCUCCUACAAGGGCGCGGAGCGACCACAAGCACUGGACGCACGAGGCUCCGCGGCCGGACAGCAGCAGGAUGGUGCGUUUUACCGAGUCUUGUGAGCGGGAUCCAACUACUAACUUCGGAGACCAGCACAGGCCUUACGCUCUCGGAGGAUGCGGGUGGUCAAGAGGACUCGUCCAGUGACAGGCAAUAUCAAAUGUAAAAAUGUCUGGGUCUGGAAGAUUAGAACUUGCCUUGCUAAAUCUGAAUGAUGCAAAAAUCUGUGUUGCGUGAGUGCCAGAAGCUGUCCGCUUUUGAUCAAGUUGAGAGGGAGUUUCUCAUGCAGGAAAGGCAUGAUAGAGACCUCAAAGAAUCUGUCAUGCUGGAUCUCGCAUUCGAGACCUCAUGGGUCAUGGAAAACCUGCAUGACAAGUCUGGCAUUUUUCCAGACCCAGACAUUUUUGCACUUGACAGGCAACGGUUCGAGUUUAUGGUAUCUGCGACGGAGCUUUUGCAAAAGCAACCGGCGGCCACACCAGCGGCAGGAGGGAGCACUAGUGGUGCUGCUGUUCCGACGGGCGCUUCUUCAGCCGGCUCUUCCACUCCCGGGUAUGAAAUGCAAGAAAUGUGCCGUCUUAGUUUGCAAGGAUGGAAAAGGAUAUCAGUACUUCCGGUGUUUAUAAGUAGUUUUCAGAGCAUGAAGAUCCUCGCGACAGAGCCAACUCUAUUCCGCACGGCAAAGUGUCUGUAUGCAGCUGGAUAAAUACAGCGCGACCCACCUCGGUCUCGCGAUACAGAUCCUUCUUGGUGUUCCAUGAACUUCGCAGGACGUCGGCACACUUGCAAGGCAUACUGGGAGCGCCGCACCAGCUGCAGCGGCCGCCGCCGCUACCCCGACCUCGACGGCAGAAAAUGUGAUCACAGCUCGCGUGGAAGAAGUUUUUCGGGAGGAGCUGGUAAAAGUCAGCCCCAAGCAAGCGAAACCGCCGGUCGUCAAGGCGGAGGUAACCAAGAGACCCUACGACUAUCAACUGCAAACGUACAUGUCCGGGUCUGGAAGAAUACAAGUCUUGCCAUACGUUCACAUCGAGGACUACGCGCAUGUUCAGGAAUAGACAAAGAAGCAUCACAGAUUCUGCGAAACUUUCCCAAUGCCUAUCCCGCAGGACAUGCGGAAGCUUAUUUGGGGUUCAUGCUACACAGAUGUUAUACCCGUUGCAUAGUAGCCCGUGCAGGCUUGGUGAUACUGAACGGAAUUAUCGCAUGACAAGCUGCAUCCUGGUAGACCCAGACAUAUUCGUAAUGGAUAACGAUGAAGGGUACGCAAUUUCCGUCUCCGUGGGUGGGAAGAACGCACUGGUAAACGGAUCCUCCAUAUCAUUUUGAAAAGUGUCUCCACCCGCCCAGAGUGUGGAAGUUGUUGUGUUGCAUUCGUUCUCAGUGAAAGCGUUUGGCACCUCGCACGUAUCAGCACGACAAAUCUUCAAGCCAGGGAAGCGAAGGUCUACGUUACGCGCCGCCGCAGUAUAGGCGACGUCUGUCAUGUUGGCGCUGCAUAACCCAGCCUGCUUGGAUUCGGAAUAAAAACGCGGCGCAUGAUUCGUUUCUUGCAACACAAAAGAUUUUCUGUGAUGUGGGAGGGCGUAUGCAAUCUCAACCGUUUGGUCUUCUGCUGGUGGGGCGCUUUUCAUUAUGAUCUUUUGCACGAUUUCAAGCGCCGGAGUUCGCUCGGAAGAUUACGGCGGCACUACAUGGUAUUUUUCGUAUAUCGAUCAGGUUAUUUUGAUUUUCAAACGAGGAGAUUUAUGAAAUUUUUACACAUAAGUUUUCUAUGUCAAUGCUACCACAACCUAGACACGAUGCACUAAAAUCAAGAAUGCAACUUCACAUACCUACGUCUCCAGCCCUGAAUGUUGUUCCCGGCGACAUGGUGACUUCGCCUGUGCAAGUUUCCGACAAAACGUUUGUCAUUCCGGCGAAAGCCAAGGCCGCAGCGACGGCGCAGAAGUCCUACGUAAAAAGUAUCACCCGCGGCCCAGGUGUUCGUACUUACAAUCUCAAGCGCUUCAACUCUGGAUUUUCUGUCUUGCAUGAUCAGCAUGAGAGACACACAGAGCGUUUCAUUGUUUCCAAUAAUAAGUAGUCGAGAAAUUGUCAUGCGUGUUCCUAUGAGAGUAAGCCAGAUUCUGCACUUUUUGCAUCACAGGGCUCCGCUUGCUUCCAUUGUGACGUUUGAAAUUCCUGUAAAAGAACCUGAGCGGGCUAUAAAAACCUGCGGCGCGGACUUUAGCAAGCAGUGUCCAGAGUUCUCGCAAGAGCUGGACGGAAAGACGAAGUGUCUCGGAACGAGCAAGUGCACCGAACAGCAUAUCCGGAAUAAAAAACAUGCCCACGACCCCAAAGUCAAGAUGGGAAUCCUGCAAGAGAAGUCCAGAAAUUUCGGAACCCACGCACGAAAAUAUUGGCUUUGCAGCGUACAGUCGCGGCCAGCUAGUCCGGACGCACCAUCUUCACAAAAUCUGGUCUAUUAUCCGAGCUAGCGCGUGAUAAGAUUCCCAAACUUAGCUAGAAAAUGCCUUUCACUGAGAGCCGCAUGAGAAUAAACAUCCUGAUACUGCUAAGCAUGGAGAUUCUCAUGACAAGUCUGGCUCUGGGGAGGGCACGUUUUUCCUCAGGACACGGCAGUGCUGCUCGAAGCCGAAAAGGUUGACGAACGACUGGUGCUACCAGAUGCAAAUGUGUAUGGGAUUUGUGUUGCUGAGUAUUCUUGCAUGACGCAGUGGUCGUAUCUUCGGACGGCAGUACGGUGUGGCAAGUUCAUUUCCUAGGUUUCUUGCACAUUCGUUCGUAUACUAGUUAGUAUAAUCGCAUGAAGAAAGGAAACUGCCUUCCACCACGGCCGCAAAAGCGCCUGGCCAGUCCUCUUCAUGCAAUACAGGUCUCGUUCGCACACAUUUCCAUUUCUCUGGCAUCACGGACCCAGACGUAUUUGCAAUGCAUAGGUGCAGUCAGGCGAAGGUUUUGAAGCUGUGGGGCAACUUAUUACAAUGAAAAAUGCCCCCACCCACGAACUUGGGAGCACUUGUAUAUGCAAACCUUUCCAAAUGAAACAUUCGCUCUCUUGCAUCUAUCAGCAUCACAGGUUUCCAAUCGUGAAUAGCAAAAAUUUGCAUUGCAAAAGACCCCAGUAAGAGCGUCGCUUGUCAUGCAAGCGAUGCGAUGCACGCCUAGACUCUGCAUCAGAAAGAUUCAACAUACUCCUUUCAUGCAUGACAAAAAGUUUUCAUUUGGAAACCUCGCAUCACAAAUUUUUGCAACGUUGGUGGUGGGGGCAUUUUUCACUGUAAUACAACUACACCAUCAUGGGUGCGUCUGACAUGUCCGUGAGCGAGAAAUUGGGCCUGUGCGAGAGCGGGAAAGUUGAAAAGUUGCUGAAUUCUGCAGCCAUGAAACUGCUGGCAACAAUAUCAAAGUGAAAAAUUCCUUCUCCCCAUAUUCAAAUGGAAAUCUGUGAUGGGAGAUUUGUGUGCACAAGUCAGGUUUGUCUUGCAGCAGGGGACGGCAUGCAGAUUCUAAGCCUGGGCAGGGAUGUUGUGGUGUAGGCACUUAGCAUGCCAGAGGUCGGCUGCCCCGUAGGCCUUACAGCAUUACCAAUCGCCUGGGUGACGCGGCGCACUCUCUGGCUUUGCCUUCUUGCAAUGGGGACGUAACUCGUGCGCGCAUAUCUGCGUCGCGCGGAUCCGGAUCGAUACAUUUUCAAUUAUGUGGAGGGGAAAUUUUCCCUUACAAUAAGCGACGAGCGUGGGAAAGCGGAUCGACAUCGAUCUUGGCGUCGGUACUUACUUACACGUGAUGAGCAAGUUCAUUUUCCUCGUUUAGUUGUCGAGUACAAAAAAUGUGAAUGUUAAUAACUAACCACGGUCGCUGUGUUGCUUCAAAGAAAGCGCUGCCAGGUCCAGGUGACUGGAGAGAUAGGGCGCUCUGCAUGCCCACCUCCCCCAGUGUAGGGUACAUGAUGUAUGAAGAUGGUCGACCAUUUAGUUUUUAUCACAUGCCGAAUACUUGCGCAAAGAUUAAGAUUCUACUUAUUGAUUUGUCAGGCCCAAACUUCUGCGACGGAGAGUUUAUAUCUGUGCCAGUUUAUGCCGGAAAAAAAGUGCCUUAGUGUAACCCUCUUUGAGAAACAGCAUCACAAAUAUAUCUGCGCUUCGCAGAUGGAUCAUGAGUGAAAACACACUCGCAUCCUUAUGAUGCAUGUCGAGCAUGAUUUGCAGUGUCUGCAACACAAAGUUACUUACACUGAGACGGCAUUUUUCUUGCAUACAGUUUUUUUCGGCGGUCUUGAUUCUGAUUCCCAGUACCGUUAUCAAAUGCAAUAAAUCAUUUGUCUGGAAAAUCCUGGAAUAACGCUAAGUGAACUGAAGGCAUUUGAAACUUUUCCAAGUGCAUCAGCUGAGCAUGAGAAGUUUUCAGGUUGUUUUCCUGUACACACAGUGCUCAUGACCACACGACAAGGAGUAUUUGUUAAAGCUACGCUUUUGCUAGUGAUGCAGGAGGGACGGUGCAGGAAUGCACGACAAGCAUCUACCUCACAAGUAGUUCAUCCACCCUUCCCUCCAGACUCUGAUGUGGUUGCGAUGCAUAGCCGUGAGCUCGAGGCAAUUCUCACUCCCGAGUCUUUACUGCAGCAGGUGAUGACGCUGCAACUGCAGGAAGAGAAACCUCUAUCCCGGGAAAAAAACUGUCUCAAACUCAAGCGUACUCUGCAGACUCAGCUACACAAAUGAUUCUCGAAGCAGGAUAGAGAAAACUCUCUGUAUAAGGAAGUGGAUGGUCCAAGCAGGAGCAAAAAGAGAAAACACAUAGUCCUUUUUACAGAUAAUGAUUACAGGCCCCUUUUUGAUGUUCUUGCAUGUCGAGCAUGACACCAGAGAUACCGCGACAGUUUUUUCUCGCGAUAGCGCCUGGAACUAAAGGCGUCGUCCGUUACUGGUCUCGUUCGACAGCGCACGGUAUGCAGAAAGAAACUGGUGUGUUACUAUCUGUAGGUCUGUGAUGCGAAGUAUGCAAGACAGUUGCGUCUAUCAUGCUGGUAGGCUGGCGACGUACGUCGGGGGAUGAGCGAUCGGCUGCCUGACGAGGCUCGUCGAGGGACGUUGCUACAUAAUUCAUUCAUGCUGAUCAGGUAUUGGUUGCAGGGUCCGUUGCCGCUCCGGCGCGUUUAUUUCGCUUUCCUGCCAAACAGUGUUGUAAUGCUGUGCGCCGAGUAUGAAUCAAAACUGGAAAGAUACACGAUGAAGACACACUCUUUAUUCUCCUUCCAUGCGCGUCUUAUUCCUUCUACAACGCGAAACAGCUCCAGAACGGGCCGCAGGUGAAUGUUUUCGAAGACUGGUAUCUCCCCUUGACGCACAACUGCACGGGCGGGUGCCCGGUUUCGGGCUUCGGCCAGGACGCGGGGGAGUCGACGUUACCUUCGUUGCCGGUUUCGUUGUGGGCGUCGCAGUAUCCACUGCAAAUAUAAUAAUCCCGAGACGUGGUCUGGAAACCUCCUGUGACGCCGACUUGCGGACCAUAAUUGAGUAGAUAAGUAAGUAUUUCUCAUUGCAGCCGUGCACGACAAUUUUUUUCCCCAUUUAUUUUCCCGACCAUGCGCAAGACAAGCAUUGCAAGUGCAACGACCUUUGUUCCAGACACAGACAUGAUAUUUGCAGUGGAUACGCGGGGCGUCCUAGGAGCUACCGGCGGUGGGGGUGCGGCACUCGGUUCGGUGGUGGGGACGUGGUUUAUUCAGACUUGUUACGCCUUGUAGAACUAUGUCCGGGUCUGGAAGUAGAGUUCCAACUUGCGAUGCGAAAUCUCGACCGAACAAUGAAAAAUCUGUAUUGCAUGAGUGCAGAGUGCUGCCUGCUUUUCGCUACACAAAUUGCGAAUUUUUCUGUAUGCGGGGUCGGCAUUAAGAGGCCUUCGGCUUCGCAAAACCUGUAAUGCUUUGCUUGUGUUCCAGACCUCUUAUAUGGGCAUGACUUGUGACGCUAAACUUGCACCAUACUGCAGUGCAAUUUUGCGUCGCAUGUCUCGGAAUAGCACUGCUCCACCUUUAUGCAGCCUCAUGCGCCUUAACGCACGACAGAACUGCACAAAAAUUCGUCAUCCAUGGAUCAUUAGCAUGGCAAUCAAUUCUUGUUUGCCAGACCCAGACGUAUCUGCAAUGCAUACCUGUUACCAGUACACUGAUGUGACGUGCGGCAACGAGGAGCGGCUAGCCUACUACUUGAAGAAAAACCUGGAGCAAUCGUUGCUCUGCCAGCUGGGGUACAACGUGCGGAUAGAGACCGGAAUCGCAGGGGCCUACAACGAAAACGCGACGCCCCAGAUGAAAAUGAACGGCUGUGCCAGGGUGCCAGACGCCGCCACGCAGACGCAGAGGUGCUGUUAUGGUUUAAAACUACCAGGAUUUUUGCAUACGAUAUGGCCAUCGUAUGAUAACGCGCAUGAGAAAAAAAACCUAUUACUCACGCUGGAUUCAUUUAUUAUUUGCAACGAGUAAGUGUGUCCAAGUACUUAUCCGAAAUGAAAAUGAAGGUACAUCGACAUGCGAAUAACGCAAUACAAGCCCUCGGACGAAUAUCCAGAAGAAAAAACUGCGUUAGGGUGAAUUCGAAUUCCUUGGACUGACAGCAUCGCAAAUUCAGCCGGUCUUGACAGAAAAAACCUAAAUUUGUCUUGCGGAGCUGCUAGUGCAGGAAGCAGUUUCAUCUGACGAUGAGGCGAAGCUACUAUCAAGGUUGUCCACUAGGACUAGCAUGACAAAUGCAACAUGCGGGUUGCUUAUUUGUCCCGCAUCACAAACACAAACCAAAGUCACACAAGCGCAGUUUUUUUCUUGCUAUAGCGCAGGACUCAUCCUGGACAAGUUGAAGGACGAAGGUACGGGCUUAAAAGAGAGUUUGUCAUGCAGAGCUCGCACGAUGCAGGUUCUCCUUCUCCACCGUGCUAGCUCUGCAUGACAAAUACUUUUUCCAACCGCAUACCAUAGUUCAAGUACCAGGUGUCUGACGACGUCUUUUCCGUCUACAACUGCCAAAAUAACUGCAUAUGCAAACAUAUCUGGGUUUGGGUGUGUGAUGCAAGACUCGCGUCGUGAUAACCAGAUCUACUGUGUGCGUGGAUAGGGUCGUGCGGGAAGGCGCAACUUUGUCAUGCUACUUAUUCAGGAAUGAAUGCGCCAGAAGCUGCUGAGGAAAACUUCUCAUGCCGUUAUGCCGUACGUGCGAUCAGUUUGCAACGGAAGUACAGCAAUACAAAUUUCCAAACCCAGCCGGAUUUGCGAUCGAUACUGCACUACCCAAGGCAAAAGUAGCGUACUACGUCAAUGGCCGGACAACAGGCGAGUUCUUUUGCAUGGGAAGAUGGCUGGAUAGAAAGACUUGCGAUGCAGCUAGGAAGUGUCUUCUAGAGUAAAAAUCAUAGGUUAAUACGACUUCAAGUUCAAGGUAGGACCGCACAGGUACAAGCAAGCUCGCUUGCUCUGUACGGAUAAUGAAUAAGCGCUACAGUAGCAUUUCCACCGCUGCUUUUGCGAUCGAUAGGCCUGAAUGCGGCUGGGCUCGCGGGUCCAGACGGCAAGUGCCACCAGAACGCGUACUAUUGGGCGCCCAACGGAGGGUAGGAGAGUGCUUAUAGCUCCCCCUCUCCCUCAUUUGUGAUGUCAAAUGCCAAAGCCUCACCUAUCUAAGAGAGCCUGCAGGCUGUGCUUGCGUGACAAGUUCAGGAGGCCCAAACUGCACCACAGUCCGGGCCUGGAUUUGUCAUGCCGAAACCGCUGUGAUUUUCCUCACAGCCUGGAAAAAUGUGCGUGACGCUAGAAACAAAUGCCCUUCAUCUGAGGGAGGGGGGAGAGUUGUGUACUUUCAUAGAUGGGAACCGCGGACGCAGAUUUGGAAUCCGCCCUAAAAGUUCGACGGGUUGACGCUAUUGCAAACGGAGGACGAGAAGAUCGGAAACUUUUCGCAGGGCAUCUUACUACGGUGGAACAUGUGUAUUUUUCAAAUGGACGUCGAGCAACCAGUUACAACUUUAGUAGGGACAUCGUUCAGUUAAAAUGCCUUGUAGAAUAAAACAUGAAGAAAAUGCACUUUUUUUGUACAAAGCGGCCACUAACGUAGUUGUUCUGAAAUGUUUCCGAGGAAUGAUGUUGCCUAGUGUGGUCGGCGUGGGACAAUAUACGAUAGAACCAGCAGAUGGUCGCACACCAGCGCAGCAUCCUUGAAAACGACCUCAACGCGGCUGUUGUAACCAGAUUCGGACGAGAAUACAGUUUUAAAGUUUAGCACAAGGCGUGUUUUUACUGUUUCCACAUUGAUUAUUUCACACAAACACAAAGUCACCGAAGAAAAUUCACCGAGAUGAAAGCGAUUUUAGAAUUGGAAUACGAGAGCCGUAAGUAUUACGGAAAGAUGAAGAUGAAAAUGAUCGUUCCAAGAAGCAGACGCAAAAAGAACAGCCUGCUCGUUUUUUUGGAAAGGAAAAAGAACAACUGGAUACACUGACGACAGUGAGUUACAACAACCGCGCACUGGAGGAGGAGCGCAAGGUGGU